AUUCCCCUCGCCUCGGGGCCGGCCUUAUUCGGCAGCAGCGGAAGCGGCCGCCGUGACCGCCCCCGGCCCGGCCCUGGCCUCGGUUCUGGUCCCGAUCCCGGGCCCGGGCCCGCUCCCGGGCCGCAGGCAGGAUGCAGGACCCAAAUGAAGACACAGAGUGGAAUGAUAUCUUGCGCAAAAAGGGUAUUCUUCCUCCAAAGGAAGACCUAAAAAAGCAAGAGCAGGCCAAAGAGGAUGAGCAGCUUCGGAUCCUGCAGGAGAAAUCUCUUGUGAAAACUUAUGAGGACAUGACUCUGGAAGAGCUAGAAGAAAAUGAAGAUGAGUUCAAUGAGGAAGAUGAAAAAGCUAUUGAAAUGUACAGACAGCAAAGGUUAGCAGAAAUGAAAGCAGCUCAAAUGAAGAAUAAAUUUGGGGAAGUUUUGGAGAUUUCAGGAAUAGAUUACGUUCAAGAGGUUACUAAAGCUGGGAAAGGAAUAUGGGUAAUUCUGCACCUCUACAAACAAGGAAUUCCACUCUGUGCCUUAAUAAACCAGCACAUGCAGGCGCUUGCGAGGAAGUUCAGAGAGGUGAAAUUCCUCAAAGCCAUCUCCACCACCUGCAUCCCCAACUACCCCGACAAGAACCUGCCCACGAUAUUCGUCUACCUCGAGGGCGACAUCAAAGCCCAGUUCAUCGGGCCGCUCGUGUUCGGCGGCAUGAACCUCACGCGAGACGAACUGGAGUGGAAGAUCUCGGAAUCAGGUGCCAUCAAGACAGACCUUGAGGAAAAUCCUAGGAAGCAGAUCCAGGACCAGCUCAUGUCCUCAAUCAGGAUGUCUGUCCCGAGCAGGCRGGAGAGUGACUCGGAAGAUGAUUAACUCUUGCAGGAGCACCAAGCUGAUCCAGUGUCCUGACAGCCGGUGUUCCUGCCUAGAGACCCUGGGCAAGCUCGUGGAGAUCUUGCUGAACCACCAAGGAGAGUAUUUAAAUAUAGCAAUUUAACUAGAAAUUACUGUUUUUCCUCUUCAAAGUUACUGUAACAUCACUCAAGAUCCUGAAAGACGUUUUAUAUUAUGAAGCCUGAGUAAAUCUACUCAAAGUUUUAAAAUACAGACAUCACUAAAAAUAGACUUUUCUUGUCAUUUUUGUCUUAGUAAAUCACUGCCCUACUUACAAUCYGACAUAUGAAGUGGCCUAGAGUAUUUUUUCUGGUUUUAUCUAGUUUAUAUUCGAGUAAGUCAAAUCUAGAUUUACAUUCACAUUCAAUCAGUUAUAGCUCAGCACGUUGCUUCCCCUGUGCCCUGCAGAUGUGGGGCAGCCUGUGUGAAGAGUUUCCUUGGCCCGAAGGAGGAGGGUGGCAGCCUGUGACACAGCUACCAGAAACACCUGCCCCUGGCCACGAGUCUGGGACCUGGUGCCAUCAGUGACAGCAGCAUCUUCAGUACUGCCCGGUUACUAAAUUACUGCCUCUUUCCACAGAAUCAGAAGUUUGAUCUGUUACUGCAGUGGGGCAGCGUCUGAAUAAGAACAAGAAUGAUGUUUGAUGAGCUGACAUCUUUCUAUAUUUUUGUUUUAUUUUUAUUUUUUAGAAAAGCCUUCCAUCUUCUAGAUAUAACAAUAACAAUUAACACUUUAGGAUAAGACAAAAUGGAGCUGAAAUACACCCUUAAAUACAGAUCUGCUGAAACUCAGGGGUGCUGCUUGCUUCUUUCAGGGUGGACUUAAUGUCCACCUACACUUUUCAUUUACCUGCAUUUGGGCUGACAAGCUCUAGGUGAAUAGGCUCCCAAGUCUGCCCCAAGGUUGCCCUGCUAUGCUGCUGGUGGAUUUUGUGGGCAGCUGGUACAGAGUGCAGCACUCUAACCCAGAGGGUUUUGUUUUCUUUUAUAUUAGUUUAUAAUAGAUUUAAAUCUUGUUUCCUUCA